AUGUACAAUAAGAGGUCUGGGAUUGAAAAAUUCACUAGUGACAUAUGUCCAAACAUAGUGCAGAAGCUUGAACAGUUGAAAGUUGAUUUUAAGUCAUUUUCUGCUAUUCCAUCAGGAUGCUAUAUAUAUGAGGUUGAUAAUGAGUAUGAGAGGCAUGUGGUUAACCUUACAAGAAAGUGUUAUACUUGUAGAGUUUGGGAUUUGACAGGAAUCCCAUGUAAGCAUGGUGUUGCAGCAAUCUAUAAGAACCUGGAGAGGCCUGAGGAUUAUGUGCAUGCAUGCUUUAGAAAGGAUGCCUAUGUGGUUGCAUAUAAGGAGAUGAUUACCCCACUGCCUGGCCAAGAUGAAUGGGCUGAAACCAACCUUCCUGACCAAGUUGCUCCAAUUGUGUACAAGCCUGCAGGCAGGCCAACAAUGAAAAGGAAGAAAGAUGCAGAUGAGCCAAACAACCCAUACAAAGUUUCUAGGUCAUAUGAACCUAUAAAAUGUGGGUUUUGCCAUCAGGAGGGUCAUAAUUCAAGGAGGCGAAGGCUAGAAUAA